AUGCGUCUUCUGUCGAUUCUUCAGAUCCUGCCCCUGGCAGGCGGCGCUGCAGCGGGCUCGGCCUUUGCUAGAAACGAUGAGCCGUCUCUCGGCGCAGCUGAGCCCACAAAGCAGUACAUCAUUGAAGUCGAAAAGAGUCUCAACGCUGAGGAUCACGUCAAAGUCCUCAAGACCUACAACUCGGAAGUCUUCCGUGGCUUGACCAUUGAGACGGACGUGUACAACCUCGACAGCAUUGGACAGCUGGGAGACGUGGCCCAGGCGUGGCCUGCGAGCGUGAUUGAACUCCCGGACUUGGGGCCUGGUGUGCAGCCGCCCAGCAACGCGAGGCUUGCCGCGGCGGCCAACUAUUCCAUCCAUUCGUGGACUGGAGUGGACAAAAUUCAUGCUACUGGCAACUUUGGUCAGGGCGUCAAGGUAGCUGUUGUUGAUACGGGCGUUGAUUACAGACACGAGGCGCUUGGUGGAGGAUUCGGCCCAGGUUUCAAGGUGUCAGGGGGUUACGAUGUUGUUGGCGAUGAUGGUCGAGGCCAUGGUACGCAUGUCGCUGGCAUUAUGCAGCUCAGACAGACUCUAACGCUCAGUGUCACUGAUCCUUCCAACCCGCAGAGUGGCACAUAUGACACCUACAUUAUCGAUGCAUUCAUCAAAGCUUUUGAUGAUGGCGCUGAUGUCAUCACCUGUAGUAUUGGUGUUUCCGGAGGCUGGUCGAACGGCCCCUGGGCCACCAUCGCGUCGCGAAUCGCCCAACAAGGCGUCAUCAUUACGAUCGCAGCUGCCAACGAUGGUGCACAAGGCGCAUUCUACGCCAGCAGCGGGUCUUCUGGAAAGGAAGUUUUGGCUGUGGCAUCUGCAGAAGCCGGGACCUACGCAGCGACGCCAUUCCAACUUACGCAGACGAUCAAUGGCGAAACAACCUCUGUUCAGUCUGCGUAUCGGUACAACGGCAUCAAUGCCUGGGACAUCGAAGCCACUCCUAUUCAUCCUCUUUACCUCAACACCUCCAGCAGUCAAGCGUGCUCACCAGCUUCGAUUCCUGCCGACACGCCCGAUCUCUCCAACGUCAUCACCUUGGUCCGCCGCGGCGGCUGCGACUAUCUAGACCAAGAAUUCAACCUCAGGGCUUUCAAUGUCAGCCGGAUCAUGUUCUACAACGACAACAGCCGUCCUGACCACCCAUCGACCUGGCUUAGUGGGCCCAAGGCACUUGUUGAUGCCAACGUUGGUGAGGGUAUCGUCGAGAUCAUCAAGGCUGGCGGUCAAGUUUCGGCGGACUUUUCCAAAUUCAAGGAUGCCGAUUGGUACGUUGGUAUGCACAAUGGUGUGGGUAACAAGCCCAGUGAGUUCACCUCAUGGGGCGGCCUGAAUGAUAUGGACCUCAAGCCGGAAGUCUCGGCCCCGGGUGGCAACAUCCUGAGCACCUGGCUCGACGGCACUUGGCGGGUUGCUAGUGGCACUUCGAUGGCCUGUCCUUAUUUGGCGGGUAUUGCGGCCCUCUUCAUAAGGGAGUUUGGCGGCCGCGAAGUUCACGGCCCCAGCUUGAGCAAGACUUUCUACAAUCGAGUCGUUGCCAGCGGUAACUCGAUGCCUUGGUCUACCGUUGAUGCCGUGGCGUUUCAGGACACGGGAUUCUGGGCUCCGACGAUUCAGGCCGGCAGCGGCUUGGUCGACGCUUGGAAAGUUCUCAACUACACCAGCACCCUCAGCACAACGAAGUGGGUACUCAAUGACACAGCACACUUUGAUGGGCAACAUAGUACUGUCAUCGCCAACAAUGCCAACGUUGACGUCGAGUACGAAUUCGUGCUCCAGCCUGCCGCUGGUGUUGAGGUCGCAACCACUUCCGGUGCUCUGGCCAAGCUCAAAGACUAUAAACCUCUGAGAAUGAUACCCAACAUCACACUGCCUUCAGGCAGCUUCAAAUUAAAGCCAGGCGAGAAGCGGAAGGCCGAGUUCUCUUUUGAUUAUCCCCGAGGUCUGAACGAAGCAAAACAGCCUCUAUACAGCGGCAAAGUCCUCAUCACUUCUUCUCUGGGGGAAACUCUCUCUGUCUCUUACUUUGGCGCAGCGUAUAAUUUGAAGGACCAGUACAAGGACAUGUUCAUCGACAACACGCCGUAUAUCAUGUCUCCUUCGCGAAACUUUCCCGAGAAGAGAAAUUUCACCUUCGACCUCAGCUCGGGCAAACCUACUAGCCAAGAUUAUCCGAAGGUCUUUACGUCUUUCAGUUUUGGCUGUGACGAACUCCGUUGGGAUAUCUAUGAGUCUGGGUGGGAGGAAUCAAGAUGGUCAUACCCACCAGUUGUCGGGGAGAACGGCUACGUGGGUGCUGCUACGGCGUUCCGUGAUUCUCUAAGAUAUACAUUCUUCGACUCGAGCAUCCAUGACAAAGAAGACACCGUGGCUUUCCCAAUCCGCGCUCUGAGUCGGAGCAUUCAAUCUGGUGGCACGUCCCUCGGGCUGGAUCGUCACAGGUUCUUCUGGCUUGGAAAGCUUGCAAAUGGAACUUAUAUCAAGCCAGGCAUCUACAAGUAA